AUGUGAUUUGAAAGAUGAUUCUUAUCUUCAAAUGCUAAAGAUAUUGGUGUGUUAUAUCUAAUCUAUGCAUUAUUUGCCGGUUUAAUAGGUACUGCCUUUUCUGUAUUGAUUAGAUUAGAGUUGUCUGGACCUGGUGUUCAGUAUAUUGCUGAUAAUCAAUUAUAUAACAGUAUUAUUACUGCUCACGCUAUUAUAAUGAUUUUCUUUAUGGUUAUGCCUGCUUUAAUUGGAGGAUUUGGUAAUUUCUUACUUCCAUUAGGGUUAGGAGGACCUGAUAUGGGAUUCCCUAGACUUAACAAUAUUAGUUACUUAUUACUUAUUCCUAGUAUUGUUCUUUUCUUAUUUGCAGGUGGAAUUGAAAAUGGAGUAGGUACAGGGUGAACUCUGUAUCCACCUUUAUCAGGAAUACAAAGUCAUAGUGGUCCAAGUGUGGAUUUAGCUAUAUUUGGAUUACAUUUAUCUGGUAUAUCUAGUUUACUAGGAGCUAUGAAUUUUAUGACAACUACAUUUAACAUGAGAAGUCCUGGAAUUAGACUACAUAAACUAAUCUUAUUUGCAUGAGCAGUUGUUAUAACUGCUGUUUUAUUAUUAUUAUCAUUACCUGUUUUAGCCGGUGGAAUUACUAUGGUUCUUACAGAUAGAAACUUUAAUACUUCAUUCUUUGAGGUAGCAGGUGGUGGUGACCCUAUAUUAUACCAACAUCUUUUCUGAUUCUUUGGGCAUCCGGAAGUUUACAUCCUUAUUAUCCCUGGAUUUGGUAUAAUUAGUACUACAAUUUCAGCCAAUUCUAACAAAAGCGUUUUCGGUUAUUUAGGUAUGGUUUACGCCAUGUGUUCUAUUGGUAUUUUAGGAUUUGUAGUUUGAAGUCAUCACAUGUAUACUGUUGGUCUUGAUGUAGAUACAAGAGCGUAUUUCACAGCAGCAACUUUAAUUAUUGCAGUACCUACUGGUAUUAAAAUAUUCUCUUGAUUAGCAACUUGUUAUGGUGGUUCUUUACACUUUAUACCAUCAUUACUAUUUGCAUUAGGUUUUGUAUUUAUGUUUACUAUUGGAGGGUUAUCAGGAGUAGUGUUAGCGAACGCAUCACUUGAUAUUGCCUUCCACGAUACCUACUACGUAGUUGCUCAUUUCCACUAUGUUUUAAGUAUGGGUGCUGUAUUUGCCUUAUUUAGUGGAUGAUAUUUCUGAAUUCCUAAAAUCUUAGGAUUAGAUUAUAACUUACUUUACUCUAAAGCUCAUUUCUGAGUUUUAUUCACCGGGGUUAAUUUAACUUUUUUCCCUCAACAUUUCUUAGGUCUACAAGGUAUGCCACGUAGAAUUAGUGAUUACCCUGAUGCUUUUACAGGUUGAAACUUUAUUAGUAGUAUUGGUUCUAUUAUAUCUGUAGCUGCAACAGCACUUUUCUUACAUAUUGUAUACUUACAACUUGUUAAAGGUAAAGCUAUCUUCGGAUAUCCUUGAGCCGUUCCUCAACUAUUUAGUGAUUAUUUACGUAUACUUAAAGAUAAGUGUGCUCCAGGAUUAGAGUGAGCAUUACAUAACCCACCUAAACCUCACGCAUUCACUAGCUUACCUUUACAAAGUAGUGGUGUAUUAAGUAUUAUUUUUCUAGGAAUAAGUAACUUAUUAACUGUUUGUAACGAAUUUGUAUGUGAUGCACCUAGAGCUUGAGGACUUUACUUCCAAGAUAGUGCUAGCCCACAAAUGGAAGCGUUAGUAGAAUUACAUGAUAAUAUUAUGUAUUACUUAGUUGCUAUUUUAUUUGCUGUAGGUUGAAUACAAGGAGCUAUUAUUAAAAAUUUUGAUAGUUCUAAAUCACCUAUAAGUAACAAAUAUCUUAACCAUGGUACACUAAUCGAGCUUAUAUGAACUAUUACUCCUGCUUUAAUCUUAGUAUUAAUCGCUUUCCCUUCUUUCAAAUUAUUAUACUUAAUGGAUGAAGUUACUGAUCCUUCAUUAUCUGUAUUAGCAGAGGGGCACCAAUGAUAUUGAAGUUAUGAAUAUCCAGAUUUCUUAAAUAGUGACGGAGAUUUUGUUGAGUUUGAUUCUUACUUAGUUCCAGAAUCUGAUUUAGAAGAAGGAGCGUUAAGAAUGUUGGAAGUAGAUAACAGAGUAAUUCUUCCUGAAAUUACACAUACUAGAUUUAUUCUUACUGCUGCAGAUGUUAUCCAUUCAUUUGCAAUACCAGCAUUAGGGGUAAAAUGUGAUGCUUACCCAGGGAGAUUAAACCAAUUUUCUGUUUUAAUUAACAGAUUAGGAACAUUCUAUGGUCAAUGUUCAGAAAUUUGUGGUAUAUUACACAGCUCUAUGCCUAUCGUUGUAGAAUCUGUGUCCUUAGAGAAAUUCUUGUCUUGAUUACAAGAACAAUAG